AUGCAGCAGGACGUCGACGCACGAAGAAACGGGGCAGAGAACAGCAGCGGUCGAGAAGGUCGGGAUGCGAGUUUGCCUGCCUGCCUGCUGCUUGCUGGCUUGCUUGUCUGCUGUGCUGGUGCUGGUGUUGAUGUUGCGUUUCUCUUUGAUGCUGCAGCGAGAGCGACGAGGAAAGUCGACGGAGCCCUUGCGGCGUCUGGCCGCGCAGGACUUUUUGCAUGCUCGAAAGGACGAGAAGAAAAGAAGAAGAAGAAGAAGAAGAAGCAGAGAUCUACUACUUUUCUUUCUGCUGCUACGGGGGGUUUCUUUUUGUUGUUUAGGAUCCCUUUGAUGCUGCUGGCUGCGAGGUUCCAACUACGACUGCGUGUUUGCUUGGUGGACAGUCGAGUAACCUCGUUAGCUGGACUAUAA